CUCAAGGGAGGGGGGCGGGACAGGCUCCCUCUCCUCCUACUCAGCUGGCUCCUGUGGAAAAGCAACAGUGUCCUCGUCAGCCGGAGGCCGCUGCGGCCCAGCCGGGAAAAGGCACCGGUGUCCCCCCGAGGCUCCCCACAAGGAGCUCUGAAACCCCAGGACCAUGGAUACUCUUAAUAGGAACCAGAUAGGCCCUGCAUGUAAGACUCAGGCUGUGGUACAGAAAGGUCCAUUGGAUCUGAUUGAGACAGGUAAAGGACUGAAAGUGCAGACGGACAAGCCUCAUCUGGUUAGCCUGGGCAGCGGGAGACUCAGCACAGCUAUCACCCUCUUGCCACUGGAGGAAGGGAGGACAGUGAUUGGUUCCGCGGCCAGGGAUAUCUCACUCCAGGGUCCAGGCCUGGCUCCAGAACACUGCUACAUUGAGAAUCUGAGGGGUACUCUCACCCUGUACCCUUGUGGCAACACCUGCUCUAUUGAUGGGCUCCCUGUUCGGCAGCCGACCCGGCUCACUCAGGGCUGCAUGUUGUGUCUGGGUCAGUCCACCUUCCUGCGCUUUAACCACCCAGCUGAAGCCAAGUGGAUGAAGAGUAUGAUUCCAGCAGGGGGCCGGACACCAGGGCCCUCCUACAACCCUGGCUCAGCUGAAUCAGAGAGUCUGGUGAAUGGGAACCACACAGCACAGCCUGCAACCCGGGGACCUUCAGCCUGUGCCAGCCACAGUUCCCUGGUGAGCUCCAUUGAGAAGGACCUGCAGGAAAUCAUGGACUCAUUGGUGCUAGAGGAGCCUGGAGCUGCUGGCAAGAAGCCUGCAGCCACAUCCCCACUGUCACCAAUGGCUAACGGUGGGCGUUACCUGUUGUCCCCUCCAACCAGCCCCGGUGCCAUGUCUGUGGGCUCUAGCUAUGAGAACACCUCUCCAGCCUUCUCUCCACUUUCCUCACCAGCCAGCAGUGGAAGCUGUGCCAGUCACUCACCCAGCGGGCAGGAGCCAGGACCUUCUGUUCCCCCACUGGUGCCUGCCCGUUCCUCCAGCUACCAUUUGGCUCUGCAACCCCCACAGUCUCGUCCAGGUGUAUCCCGUUCCUCUGAAAGUCCCCGGCUGGGCAGAAAAGCGAGUCAUGAGAGACCUCCCAGCCCUGGUCUCCGGGGUCUUCUGACUGACAGUCCUGCAGCCACAGUCUUGGCAGAGGCCCGCAGGACCACUGAGAGCCCCCGCCUGGGUGGGCAGUUGCCUGUGGUGGCUAUCAGCCUAAGUGAAUAUCCACCUUCUGGUGCCCGCAGUCAGCCCACCAGUAUCCCUGGCAGCCCCAAGUUUCAGUCUCCAGUCCCUGCUCCCCGCAACAAGAUUGGCACACUCCAGGACCGCCCUCCCAGUCCUUUCCGUGAGCCUCCAGGCACAGAACGGGUGUUAACGACCAGCCCCUCUCGACAACUGGUGGGCCGAACAUUUUCAGAUGGGUCAGCAACUCGUACCCUCCAGCCUCCUGAGAGUCCUCGCUUGGGCAGACGAGGUCUGGACAGUAUGCGAGAAUUGCCCCCCUUGAGUCCAUCUCUAUCUCGAAGGGCUCUGUCCCCGCUGCCAGCCCGGACUAUCCCAGAUACCAAGCUGAGCAGGGAAGUGGCUGAGAGUCCCCGGCCCCGGCGCUGGGCAGCCCAUGGGACUUCACCAGAGGACUUCUCCCUGACUCUGGGAGCUCGCGGCCGCAGGACUCGGAGUCCCUCACCUACACUCGGGGAGUCUCUGGCACCUCGCAAAGGCAGCUUCAGUGGCAGGCUGAGCCCAGCGUAUAGUCUGGGCUCUCUUACUGGGCCUUCACCUCGUCAGAGCCCUCAUGCUCAAAGGAAGCUUUCUAGUGGGGAUUUGCGUGUGCCCAUCCCAAGGGAGAGGAAAAAUAGCAUCACUGAGAUCAGUGACAAUGAGGACGAUCUCCUGGAGUACCACCGACGACAGCGCCAAGAGCGGCUGCGGGAACAGGAGAUGGAAAGGCUGGAACGCCAACGCCUGGAGACCAUCCUGAACCUGUGUGCUGAGUACAGCCGAGCUGACGGGGCACCUGAGGCUGGGGAGCUGCCCAGUAUUGGAGAGGCCACUGCAGCACUGGCGUUGGCCGGCAGGAGACCCUCAAGAGCCUUGACAGGAGCCCCAGUGGUCUCUGGAAGGUGCAGUGAGGAGCCUGGAGGUGUCUCUCAGCGCCUGUGGGAGAGCAUGGAACGCUCAGAUGAAGAAAAUCUCAAAGAAGAGUGCAGCAGCACGGAGAGCACCCAGCAGGAGCAUGAAGAUGCUCCUAGCGCGAAGCUUCAGGGAGAGGUGCUGGCUGUGGAAGAGGAGCGGGCUCAGGUGCUGGGCCGUGUGGAGCAGCUGAAGGUCCGAGUGAAGGAGCUGGAGCAGCAGCUGCAGGAGGCAGCCCGAGAGGCUGAAAUGGAGAGAGCAUUGCUGCAGGGGGAGAGGGAGGCAGAGCGAGCAUCACUGCAGAAAGAACAAAGAGCGAUGGACCAGCUGCAGGAGAAGUUGUUGGCCUUGGAGACAGGCAUCCAGAAGGAGAGGGACAAGGAGAGGGCGGAGCUGGCCGCGGGACGGAGGCACCUGGAGGCCCGCCAGGCGCUCUACGCCGAGCUCCAGACGCAGCUCGAUAACUGCCCCGAGUCAGUGCGGGAACAGUUACAGGAACAGCUGAGAAGGGAAGCAGACGCUCUGGAGACUGAGACAAAGCUCUUUGAGGACCUGGAGUUCCAGCAGCUGGAGCGGGAGAGUCGCGUGGAGGAGGAGCGGGAGCUGGCCGGCCAGGGGCUGCUACGAAGCAAGGCUGAGUUGCUGCGCAGUGUGACCAAAAGGAAGGAGCGCCUGGCUGUACUGGACAGUCAGGCUGGGCAGAUCCGAGCCCAAGCAGUACAGGAGUCAGAGCGUCUGGCCCGGGACAAGAAUGCCGCCCUGCAGCUACUGCAAAAGGAGAAGGAGAAACUGACAAUUCUGGAAAGGAGAUAUCAUUCACUUACAGGCGGCAGGCCUUUUCCGAAGACCACCUCUACCCUCAAAGAGGCUCAGCUACUCAUCUCCGAGUCCUCAGAGAUGGGGCUGGAGACCAAGCCUCUGGGCCCAUCCCCAAGGUCUUCUCAGGCUGGUGCCUCCCCUGUUCCUUUAACCCCUCCUGCUUCCACUCAGCUCUGUCCCAAAGCACAAGAGAUGGAGAAGCUGCUGCUCCCUGCUGUAGACUUAGAGCAGUGGUACCAGGAGCUGAUGGCCGGGCUGGGGACUGGCCUCGCUGCAGCCUCCCCUCGCUCCUCUCCCCCGCCUCUGCCUGCCAAAGCCUCCCGGCAGCUGCAGGUUUACCGCUCCAAGAUGGAUGGUGAGGCCACCAGCCCUCUGCCCCGGACCCGUAGUGGCCCUCUCCCCUCCUCCUCAGGCUCUUCAUCAUCCUCUUCACAGCUCAGCGUGGCAACCCUGGGUCGUAGUCCAUCACCAAAGAGUGCCCUGCUUGCCCAGAAUGGCACCAGCAGCCUUCCUCGCAACCUGGCAGCCACGCUGCAGGACAUCGAGACCAAGCGCCAGCUGGCCCUACAGCAGAAGGUCGAGUUACUUCCUGCCGAGCCCCUCCCACCCGACGAGCCAGCAGGGCACCAGGUGAUUGAGGAGCAGCGGCGGCGACUGGCUGAAUUGAAGCAAAAAGCAGCAGCGGAGGCCCAGUGCCAGUGGGAUGCCUUGCAUGGUGCAACACCCUUUGCAGCAGGCUCCUCUGGCUUCCCUGCACUCAUGCACCAUUCCAUCCUGCACCACCUGCCGGCUGGCAGGGAGCGUGGCGAGGAGGGAGAGCAUGCUUAUGACACCCUGAGCCUGGAGAGCUCAGACAGCAUGGAGACCAGCAUCUCUACAGGGGGCAACUCAGCGUGUUCCCCCGACAACAUGUCCAGUGCCAGUGGUCUGGACAUGGGCAAGAUUGAGGAGAUGGAGAAGAUGCUAAAGGAAGCUCAUGCAGAGAAGAGCCGGCUCAUGGAGUCCAGGGAACGGGAAAUGGAACUACGGAGGCAGGCCCUGGAGGAGGAGCGGAGGAGGCGGGAGCAGGUGGAAAGGAGGCUGCAGAGUGAGAGCGCCCGUAGGCAGCAGCUGGUGGAGAAGGAAGUCAAGCUCCGGGAGAAACAGUUUUCCCAGGCACGACCUCUUACACGCUAUCUGCCCAACCGGAAGGAGGACUUUGACUUGAAGACCCACAUAGAGUCCUCAGGCCAUGGGGUAGACACCUGCCUACAUGUGGUGCUUAGCAGCAAGGUCUGCCGAGGCUACUUGAUCAAGAUGGGUGGCAAGAUUAAAUCAUGGAAGAAGCGCUGGUUUGUCUUUGAUCGGCUCAAGCGCACCCUUUCCUAUUAUGUGGACAAACAUGAAACAAAGCUGAAGGGGGUCAUCUACUUCCAGGCCAUCGAGGAAGUGUACUAUGACCAUCUGCGCAGCGCAGCCAAGAAAAGGUUUUUCCACUUCACUAUGGUGACUGAGAGUCCGAAUCCAGCCCUCACCUUCUGCGUGAAGACCCAUGACCGGCUAUACUACAUGGUGGCCCCAUCUGCAGAGGCCAUGCGCAUCUGGAUGGAUGUCAUUGUCACAGGAGCUGAGGGCUACACUCAGUUCAUGAACUAACUACUACGCACCUCCUGGGUCCCCAGGUCAGCCCCAGGAUCUAUGCCCUGCCACUUGCUGCUUAGCUUGUCCCUGGAGACAGCAGCACACUGGGCACUGGGCCACAAAGGAUGCGGAUGUAGUCGAGUACCCCCAGGGCUUUUGUGCAAGAAGGCAAAUUGUUUUAUGAAGAGUUAGGUGCUUGAGGGUUGGGCUUGGGUCCCUAAGGGGCGAGCAGAGAGGAAAGGGAGAGGCUUUGUUGCCUCUUGGGAGCCCAGAAGCUCAGGGUUCCCUACUGGGUCUGGCAGGCCUGAAGAGGUGCCCCAGAGCUGGGCUCUCAACUCUGUCCUGGCACCUGCUCACCCCAGCUUGUUUUCUCUUUGUAAAGGACAAAUUAUGGUACCAGAAUCUGCCAAAGAUCCCCUUUUCAUCUUACCCCCUGUGCAGGGGCCUGGGGGCUACUGAGCAGAGCCAUGUAUAGAGUUGGGGAACAGCUCAGGUCUGUACUUGCCAAGCCCGCUCUGCCUCCUCAUUCUCCCAUAUCCUUACUCUUCACUACUUUACCCAAGGACCAGAGACCUCAAGUGUCAUCCUUGAGGUCCAGCCCCAUCUUCCUGUUGCAAACCCAUCACCAUGGUCUCCAUGGUGACUGCUUCAUCACCAUGGUUACACACUAAUUGCCAUGGCCACUCUGUGGCUCAGCCCACUGCUUCAGCUAUGGGCCAAGUGAAGGUACGUGCCAUCGUCUCUCCAACCCAGGCCUGGGGGCAUGUCACCUGGCAGGAGGAAGUACCACCUUCCCGGCCGGGGAAGUGUCUCCAGCCCCCAGUCCAGCCCUCUCCCUUCCACUGUGCCUUGCUUAGAGCCAGAAGGGACGGUGUUUGGGGGUCCAAGUCCGCAGGAGCCGCAGCAGCAUUGAAGGGAGAGGAAGCUAAGAGUCUGUCCUCCCUUUCUGACAGGACAGGUUCCCAGUAAGGAAGGCGGGUAGCUCAGGGCACCCAGAAGGACGCCUGAGCUGUGGGUGAGGAGGGUGGACACAGAGGCCCUGAGCUGCGGUGCUCUGCCUUCGGUUUCCCAAGGGUGACAGAGAGUGGAGGGUCAAGUCUCCAGCUGGCUGGCUUCAGCCUUUGCGCCUUAACACUAAGCCACCUUCCCUGUCUUCCCCAGCACUGGACCCUGGGUUGCUGGGCCUGGCUGGGUGUUUUGCAGUAUUUGUAAACACUUCAGCAGAACAAUAAUAAAAGCAUUUUGACUAUGUA